UGAAGGCAGUGCUCCUCUCUUGGGUCUCACUGGCUCACUCACUCAGUCACCGCCAAGAUGCCUCAAGCCUCGCCUGAGCUUUCCAGCUCCGUCAAGCUCAAGUAUGUCAAGCUUGGCUACCAGUAUCUUGUCAACCACAUUCUCACCCUAUUGCUCAUACCUAUCAUGGUUGGUGUUCUCAUUGAAGUUUUCCGUUUGGGUCCAGACGAGAUUCUCAACCUUUGGAACUCUCUUCAUUUUGAUCUUGUCCAAAUCCUUUGCUCUUCUUUUCUCAUCAUCUUCGCUGCCACUGUCUACUUCAUGUCCAAGCCACGAUCCAUUUAUCUGGUAGACUACGCAUGUUACAAGCCUCCGGGGAUGCUCCGGGUUCCAUUUGCGACCUUCAUGGAGCAUGCUAGGCUCGUCUUGAGCUCGCAGCCUAAAAGUGUUGAAUUCCAAACGAGAAUUCUGGAACGAUCCGGGCUUGGAGAGGAGACUUGUUUGCCUCUCACGAUCCAUUAUAUACCCCCUAGGCCGACGAUGGAGGCAGCGAGAGACGAAGCGCAGCUUGUUAUAUUUUCUGCCAUGGAUUCUUUGUUGAAUAAAACUGGGCUUAAGCCUAAAGAUAUCGAUAUUCUUAUCGUGAAUUGUAGUAUCUUCUCACCAACGCCGUCUUUAUCGGCUAUGGUGAUCAAUAAGUACAAGAUGAGAAGCAACAUAAAGAGCUUCAAUCUCUCUGGGAUGGGGUGCAGUGCAGGACUGAUCUCCAUUGAUUUGGCUCGCGAUCUUCUCCAAGUUCAUCCCAAUUCCAAUGCUAUUGUUGUUAGCACAGAGAUCAUAACACCGAAUUGUUACCAAGGGAAUCAGAGAGCAAUGCUUGUUCCCAACUGUCUAUUCCGAAUGGGUGGAGCUGCUAUUCUUCUAACCAACCGUAGAUGGGAACGCAGGCGGGCAAAGUACCGUCUUGUUCACGUGGUUAGAACCCACAAAGGAGCCGACGAUAAAGCUUACCGCUGCGUGAUGGAAGAGGAAGACCCAGAAGGCAAAGUAGGGAUAUCGCUCUCCAAAGAUCUCAUGGUCAUAGCUGGAGAGGCUCUCAAGACCAACAUCACCACCACUGGCCCUCUCGUCCUUCCUGCAUCAGAGCAACUUCUGUUUCUUCUCACACUCAUUGGCCGCAAAAUCUUCAAACAAAACUGGAAGCCUUAUAUCCCAGACUUCAAGCUAGCUUUCGAGCACUUCUGCAUCCACGCUGGCGGGCGUGCAGUGAUCGAUGAACUACAGCAGAACCUGCAGCUCUCGGCCGAGCACGUGGAGGCAUCACGGAUGGCGUUGCACCGUUUUGGGAACACAUCUUCAUCAUCACUAUGGUAUGAGCUGAGCUACAUUGAAGCAAAGGGGAGGAUGAAGAAGGGUGAUAGAAUUUGGCAGAUAGCGUUCGGGAGUGGGUUCAAGUGUAACAGCGCUAUUUGGAAAUGCAACCGCAGCAUCCAGCCACCGACGGAUGGGCCUUGGCUUGAUUGUAUUCACAGGUACCCAGUUCACAUUCCUGAAGUGGUCAAGCUCUAGCCUGGAUUUAUUUGUCUCUGAUUUAAGGGUCCACGGAACAAGUAAUUACAUUUACUUCUAUCAUGAAGUCCUCAGCUUCAUCUGCUUUCUCUGCCAACCCCUUAUUUUUACUUGGUUUUGCUGUUGUAUUUCAUAUAUUGACUUGAUAAGCCCUUUAAUAUAUGUUGUUGUGUUCUCGGAAAAAAGACGUCAUAAACUAUGUAUUCUUGUUGCCCUUGAAGCAAGAAUAUAAUUACAAGCAUGAAACAAUCAAGUAUAGCUGUGCCGUUUAUUAAAUGGACGUUGUUAUGCUUGUUUUGACCCUUUCCUU